GCCAUCAUACAACGCAAGAUGGUUGACAGAUGCCUGAAUCUCGCUUACGACAUUUUCAAGAUAAAGCGCAUAUAUACAAGUUCCGAACAACAACACCCGGACCGUCGGUCUACCGAGCAAUAUCACCCGCUCGGUAGAAGAUCUUCCCUUUGUCGUAUAUAUUCCACAAACUGAUGACCUCCGACGUGAUGUGAACACGCAACCUUCAGCAUCGCAGCCUCAACAGGACCAUCGCAGCCGACUCACCGCGCUUCCUGGUCCUACGGCACGCAACUUCACUGCCUCAUCACGCCGCUACAGUUCAUCGCAGCCCACGACCGGAUCAUCAACGCUUGGGGUCACAUAUCUCCGGCGUGGCAGCUCUGCAUCACAUGGACUACGCACGAUACGCACGCAACAUUCAAGCUCAGUCUCGACUCACCGCAGACUUCGAGCAGCACUGGCGACAAUCACGCAGCAUUCAGCUCAGUUUCGACUCACUGCAAUCUUCGAGCAGCACUGGCGACACGCACGCAGCAUUCAGCUCAGUUUCGACUCACUGCAAACUUCGAGCAGCACUGGCGACACGCACGCAGCAUUCAGCUCAGUUUCGACUCACUGCAAACUUCGAGCAGCACUGGCGACACGCACGCAGCAUUCAGCUCAGUUUCGACUCACUGCAAACUUCGAGCAGCACUGGCGACACGCACGCAGCAUUCAAGCUCAGCCUCGACUCACCGCAGGCUUCGAGCAGCACUGGCCCUUGCAAGCUAAUCUCAGCACGGACAACGCUAACUAAAAAAUGACACGACCUCCAGUCUCGGAGGGGAGUGAUGUGGCGGGUAGCCAUCAUACAACGCAAGAUGGUUGACAGAUGCCUGAAUCUCGCUUACGACAUUUUCAAGAUAAAGCGCAUAUAUACAAGUUCCGAACAACAACAUUCGGACCGUCAGUCUACCGAGCAAUAUCAUCCGCUCGGUGGAAGAUCUUCCCUAAGUCGUUCAGCCUCCCCAAAGUGAAGAUUAGAAAAAUUUGUACCCGCCUGCGGGAUUCGAACACCGUUGCAUCGCUCGAUACGAAUGCACCGGACGUCUUAUCCUUUAGGCCACGACGACUUCGAUGAAUUGACCAGAACUUUGGUCUUGUGUAAAGUGAUUUUUGAACGCGCACCGCGUGGUAUCAGCUCGGUUGUCAUGACGACUGGCGACCCUAAAUUAUCAAAACAAUCGUAGACGUGGACAAUAUACGGCCGCAAAUAAAAUUAGAAGGAGUACCCGCGGUUUGAUAAACCGUAUUCAAAUGUGUACAACAUCGUUAUUAUGAGGUCGUUGUUGAGUUCCUGUUUAGUUGUAUGCGUGCUGGUGAGGUUGCCGGGCGCUCUCACGAAGUGGGUGGAAGGAAGGAUCGAUACGAAAGAGAACUGGGCGUUCCUUUCGCGUUUCUGCUUCCUAUCACUGGACGGGCAGUUCGAAUAUCUGAUCGAAUACAACAAGGACAUGGGUAUACCCAAUCUGCUGCUUUACUACGAUGACCAGAACCAAUGGCCUUCCGUUUACCACAGCACCAAGACCUGCAAAGACCGAGAGGCGAUUUUAAACAAGGCCGGACAGAAUCAAAUAAUAAGAUUGUCCCAUUGGUACCCGGAUACGGAAUACUCUGGGUGUAUCGUCACUAAAGCCAAUAAAGAGUUGCCAGCGUCCAAAAGCUCCAUAAAACCUACAUCGAUAACGGUGAAUCCAUUUUACAAACAAAAAAACACAACAAACAGCGAACCAAAAGAUCCCUCAUAUUACGAUCAGUUUUUAAAAACGACUACGGCCCCAGCCACCACACCUCUGAACCAACAAUCUACCGUUUCUCAUGCGAAUUCUACUACUUGGUACGAAUUGUUGCCAGCGGACAAUUUAAAUUUUACCACGGCGUUCCCUGAAGACGAUCUGUGGGAGAGCAUCGGACCACACGCGAACGAAAGUACUUUAGGGAAUCUUCAAGAUGUCGAAAUACUGUUUGACGACCGAUAUAAAAGCACACGCAAAAUCAAAAGAUCAACUAUCGGAAUUUACGAACGCUACCGCCGUAGGCGCUUGCACUCCGAGGCCGGCGGCAGCCUUGCCAGCAACGGUGACAGAACGGAGAAGCUGAUCGUGUCCUGCCACAAUUCUCGAAGGUUCCGAUCCGCCAGAGAGAGAUGGUGGUUCAUAGCGAUCAGUAAUUGUGAUUCUUCAAAGGGCUUGGACGUGAGUUACAAGUUUCUGAUGACGAACGGAGCGUCCGGUGAUUUUUGGCACGAACAUUUCUCUGCCGAUGAAUUUUAUGUCUUACCGGUACUGUUAGCGUACGCGAUUUCCUACGCCCUGGUCGUGAUAGCAGCGGUUAUGUGUAGCGUGGAACUUAAAACCCGACAUCUUCUGCACUCAACGUACAAGCUAUUCUUGUUUUCGAUCGUGGUUCAGCACUGCGGCAUAAUGAUGCAGUGCUUAGCUUAUAUACGGUACGCUGGGAACGGCGUGGGCAGUCCCUCCACUGUGACCAUCGGGCAAUUCCUCUGCGGCCUAGCGGAGAUGUCCUUUUUAUUGCUGCUCGUGUUGUUGGCCAAGGGCUACACGAUAACGAGGGGGCGACUCAAAGUCGGCUUCACCGUUAAACUGACCGUCUUUAUGUGUUGCUAUCUGGUCACAUACGUCGUUCUGUUCGUUUAUCAAGCCAAGGCAUUCGAUCCUGGCCAAGUCCUGUACUUAUACGAGAGUCCGGCUGGCUAUGGCGUUAUCGUUUUGCGUGUAAUUGGAUGGUGCGUUUUCGCUUAUUCCACAUUCUUCACAGUUAAGAAAUAUCCAGAAAAGAACAUGUUCUACUGUCCGUUCUUCAUAUGCGGGACACUCUGGUUUUACGCUGGCCCCUUGUUUAUUCUCACAGCGAAUUCUUAUAUUGACAAAUGGGUGCGCGAGAGUGUAGUGAUCGCCGUACUGCUCUUCAUAACCUUCAGUGGACACAUCAUGUUUUUGUUACUCACAUUACCGGUAUUCGCCAACAAAAACUUUCCAUAUCACGUUCGAACGACGCAAAUCGGAGUUAUGGAGGUAACUAGAAGCUCAAUUUUAGACAGCUUCGGGAGGAAUCCUUACGAGCCGAACGGAGCGCCGCAGACUGUGAUCAUUCCGCUGACCAGAAGAACUGAAGAACUAAUAGGAAGUAUGUACAGUCAGUACGUGGCAUCAGCGCCGCCGUUGUCUCUCGAACACGACCCUCCGAAGAUUAACGGUUUUUCCAAAACCGUCGAAGCGAAAACAUUGCUACCCCAAGAGAGCACAGAGACCAAUUCUUCAGAUGACAUACGACCUUUUGUCUCCAAAGGAAUAUUCACUGUUGAAAGUCAAAUUUCGAGAAUGGAACCAGCUGUGUUGCCAAUCGAAAACAAUUCUACUGUUUCGUUACAAAAAUUGCAAAGUACUAAAACGGACGGUUUAAUCCAUGACGAUGAAAAUAAAGUUGGAACGACGGCUGUUCUUAAUUCGACUCAAUCAAUAGAAAACGUUUCAAUAGAUUCGAAUAGUGAUCGGUCCAGGAAUGAUUUGCCAAGCAUCACGAGGUCUAGGAGGAAUAUUUUAGAGCCCAUCAAAAGAGAAGAUCCAUCAGUACCGUCUUGGUCGUUGGCUAAGGGACCUUGUGUUGUUGCAAUGCAGAAGAAAAAAAGUAUUGAAAGAGAUGAUUCAAUAGAACUCAACGGCGUAACGAACGGUAAGAAAGUACCAACAGUGCGGAAUGGAUUGCCGAGUUCGGGCGAAAUUUCUACCAUACACGAGGGUCACGUGCAAAGCUACCAAAACAUUGUCAGUAAAGCUACCAUGGAUCUCUUUAAUGCUAAUAGUAAUAAGGAUUGAGUGUGCAUUUAGAUAUAUUUUAAAAUGUUUGUGUGAAUGCUCUGAUAUGUAGUUUUGAAGACAUGAAGCAACCGAUAAUUCUCCUGGGAGGUUUGAAUGCAAUCGUCAAAUCUGAAAAUCUUUGAAUAUUAUAUCGGUUCUUUUUAAAUAACUUCAAAAUUCCUAAAACUACUUAUGAUAUUCGUGUGUAAUGGUUAGAUUUAAUCGAUAAGUUGUACAGUGUAACCCAACUCAAUGAUGCUUUACGUGAGCGCAAAUGUUUGUAAAACCGCAAUGUAUAGCAAAGGCCCGUGAGGCCGUCGACCCCGCGCACCAUUGACUUUGUAGUACAUUGCGUGCUCAAAUUACAUCAAUCCGAGUGCAGUUCACCUGUGUUUUUUGAAAGGGUUUCCCUGCACUUAGCAUUAAUAUUUACAGUAUAAAAAUAAGUUCUGUAAAUGUAAUUGAUAGCGAUUUAAUAGUCAAUUUGCUAUUUUAGGUGUGAUAUUAUUCUAGUCGUUUAAAUACUCGUAAAAUAUAUGAUUAGUACAUUAUAUAAA